CUCACACGCAUAUUACUGUAAAAUAAUAUGCCCGUAUUGGCAUGAGCUGGAAUGGGCGAUGGCAACCUCCCUUUGCAUUCUUGGCUGCUCUUGCGCUGUACUUGCAGACUGCAUAUGGGCAAUCUGAAGCUGAUUGCAGUGGCCCUGGACCAAGGGCUGAUGGAUGCGCACCGGAAGAGGAGGUGAUCCAGUGUAGCAGAAACGGCGAGCACUGCUAUAUCUAUGAUGCCUUGUAUGCCUUUUGUGAGCCCCAUGCAAACUUCUUCGAAAGCCCAUUUGGGGUGCAAGGUGCCCAAGGCCCUAUGGAAUGCACCACAACUACAACUGGAACUCACACAACUACAAGCACCAAGACGAGAACUGUGACUUUUUACACAACGACCCGUGGGCUGGCAAUUGAGUGUAGAGAUCUUUGCUACGAGAACACACAUCUUUGGAUUGAAAAGUGCGGAUGGCCUGGCUGCGCUUCGUGUGGAGAAUGUGCCUCCAUUCUGCUUCCAAGCACAGAGCCAGAAACCACGUCUGCUGCAGAUGGAAUGUUUACGUUUAGGCCAAUUCAAAGGAAUACUACAUUACCACCUACGACUUCUGCAGCAUCUGGUGGCCAAUCAGGUGGAUCAGGAUCUGGUGGGGGCAGCGCACCAGUCUUUGAUGGAUCGGACGGAUCUUUGGAAGAAGCUGCACAGAGCGACCAGACGACAGUUCAGAUAGCGUCAACAACUUCGGCUCAGCUUCAGUCCAAGGCUUGUUUACAACUGCUUCAAGCCCAGGGCCACGUCAGCGCCGAUAGCACACUCUCAAUUGGAGUAAAGAUGCGUCAUAUAAGGUGUUACGACGCGAUCAAUUACAUACCUUGGAGCCAGCUGUGCAAUUGGGCAACGUGUGUGCUAUGUCCAGAAUGUUCUGGCACAAGUGUGACUGCAACAUCCACUACGGUUCCUCUUGCAGUCACUGCCACAGUCUCCACAACACUAGUUUCAGUGACAAGUGCUAUGACCACAAGCAGUACAACUGCAACACGAUCUAUCACGACCUCCACCACAUUUACUAUCACUUCAACCGACACCAUCACGACGACAAUACCCCUGAGGGCUUGCGAACCUCCGAACCCACUGCUUGCUGGCAUCAUGGCCAAUGAGGAGUGCAAGGGAAACCUAAGUACCAGCAGUCAGAGAGACACCCUUUGUUUGGCCAGGCUAGCUGAACAUCCUUGUCUCUACACUGGUGACCUGGUUCUGACAUGUCCAAGGGGCAACACCGUGAAACGCGAAUCCGUGCUUGCGAACGGUGAUUAUCAAACCAAGUGCAGAAUUUGUGGCUGGGGAGGGACAGAAUGGCAAGAUGUAGAUACGGUUGCAGGGAACAUGACAGUGAGUCUCGAAUUCGGCGCGAAUGCGCUACUUGGCGUCAUCAACGAGACAGCUAUUUUUGGGUAUGGCAUUUUCUUGGCAGACAACUGCAGCAGGCCCAUAAAGCGUGAUCCUGUGGGAUAUGUAGAGAAGAUGGAUGAUCAUCCAUUUGAUGAGAAUUGCUGCAACUCGACGAAGUAUAGCACAACUGUCACGUUCUCUGUUCCUCCAGACCUUUACAGCGUCAGGUUGAUGGUACGCCCAAACACCACAUUGGGCUUCUUACCAGUGGGCGAAGUUACUACUGAGAUUUGGGAUGCAAACCAGACGAAAGCAAGUCUUUCCAGCGCCAACAGGCAAGCUGGGAUGCUCCUGAGCCUCUUGGUACUCUUGACAUGGCGCACUUUCCUAGAGCCGCCCAUACUUCCAAAUGCCAACAGGUCAUGACCAACACUUUGUUGAGAACGUCGCAGUCGUUUCCAUGUAUACAGAUGUUUUCCUUUCUUGCAAAUUCUACAAAGCUGCAUUUAAGAUGCCGCUUGCCGCCAAACCACACAGAGUUUGUGCAUGCCUUUUUUGGCAGUUCCCGAAUGGGACCUCGCAAAAUUCAAAUCAAGUGUCAGGCUGUACCCUGCACUACACAUACGUGCAUGUUCAUCGGAUAGUGAGUGGGAGCUCUUGGAAUGAGUGUUUUCUGUCAGACCAAAAGUACAA